AACGAAAAUCUUUCCAAUUAAAUUAACCGAAACAUGGAGACUGAACGGAAAAAUUCGGCACCCCCAGUGGUCAUUCAGCCAAAGAACGUGUUUGGCAUUCGCAGCGACGUCAAGGGAAAUGUUCACUUCACGGUGAAGCAGGAAGUUCUCUAUCCAGUCGGAGCUUUACUCGCCAUUCAUGACUAUGAAACAGACAAGCAAAAAUUUUUGCGAUUCAACGAAAACAGUGUACCGUUAGUGAUUGCAAUGAGUCCGAAUAAGAAAUUCAUUGGCGUAGCAGAAAAAUUUGGAAAGUGCUGGAUCAACAUUUACGAUAUGUCAACGGUGAAAAAGAAGAAAACCUUAUAUCUACCGAAUGAUGUUCCACAUCCAGAAGUCGAACAACUUGCGUUCACAUACGAUUCGAAAGGGAUCGCUGUUUUGUCGAAAGAGCCGGAUGCCUUUCUAACAAUAUUCUUCUUGGACAAAGCUGAAACGGUCGUUAUGGGUCGUGCAUCGAAUUCCAAUCACAAAAAUUUGACGUCUCUGCACAUUUCGUGUAAUUUGAGCGAUACGGGUAUGGUAGCUGUGGGUGGUGACUACACUCUGAAACUUAUGUCUCGUCAAGACAAGACAUUUACAACUAUUGGGUCAAUUACUGGUGAACAUAAGAUUGUCACCUCUUUAACAUGGAUCAGUGGUGAUAUGCUGAUUGUGGGAACAUCUGUCGGCAAGCUACUUUUAGUUGAAGGUGGCGAGCAAAAGGCAUUUUACUGUGCGCUCACAACGGACGAAAUCGAUUUAACAAUUAAAGAGGACAAUAUAGAAUCGAUGCAACCCUUUACGCCAACUGAUGCACCUCGAGAAGAUGUCAAAUGCCUUACCUACUUCAGCAAAGGAUUCUGUUACAGUAUUCACAACGUCCUUUAUGUGUACGAAAGGCUGCCCAACCACAACUACAAAAAGAAGUCCAUCAUUACAAUUCCAAUGGAUUUGUACGACAAAAAAUUGUACUGCAUCGAAAAUGUAGCGAUAAAUAAGUCCAUGGACACAGUGGUUGUAACACCGAAACACAAUCAAAUCUACUAUUCUAUGCUGUACGUUCCGGAAAUGUUGAAUGCAGAGAAAUUGGAGUUUAAAAAGCUGGGAGAACCGUUGCAUAUUGACGGUAUAAUCAGUAUGUCCGUUUGCGCUUGGAAACCAAUCAUAAUGACUGCGUCUCUCGAUCAAACAAUUCGAAUUUGGAAUUAUGAGACCGGCAAAGUGGAAUUGGUCAAGAAAUACCUAGUUGACGUGUCUGUGGUAGCGUUGCAUCCGUCAGGUCUUCUAGUUUGUGUAGGAUUCUUGGACAAUAUGCAGCUGAAGGAAGUCAUGUUAGACACCCUGAAAGGUAUCAAAACAUUCAAUUUUCCGAGGUGUCAAGAUGCAAUGUUUUCACACCAAGGGCAUCUGUUGGCUUGUGCUUGGGAAAAUCUAAUUUCAAUUAUAUCAGUCUUCUCUUUCGAUGUAGUCGUAACACUCAGGGGUCACAGUAGCAAUGUAACCUGCGUGCAAUGGUCAAACGACGAUCAUUACGUUUUUUCAUGCGGUACACAAGGUGCUGUGUACGAAUGGAAAGUUGCGACUGGAGAAAGAACCAAUGAAGCGAUUCAGAAACGCUGUGAAUACAGAUCGUUGGCCGUUACCAAGGACAUGGUGUCCACAUAUGCUGUCAGCAAAUCGGGCCAUAUGAGAGAGAUUGCCAAUUCAAAUAUUGUGAGAGAAAUACCAUUUCCAAACAGUGUACCGUUAACUUGUGUUGCUCUGGCUCGGUCCGAUUUAGUUUUGUUUGUGGCAAGCGAACAGGGACAUUUGUACAAUAUUCAGAUUCCGUUCAUGGAGGCUGGUGGUGGAACAUGUACAAAUUUUAGAUUUUUCCACAAUUCCAUUAACAAAAUGAAAAUCACUUUCAACGAUAAAUUGCUGGCAACUGGUACAGCAGAUGGAACACUUGUGAUUUGGACAAUAAUGAACAACGAGGGCAGAGUCGAACCAUUCGAUGUCGAUCUCGGCAAAAAUGUCGACAUCAUAAUAUCACGGACCGAGCUGAUGGAGAAAAACAGCAUGAUUGGGUCUUUGGAACGACGAAUAGUCGAGCAACUAGCCGAAUUUCAAUACCAAAACAAGCAAAACGAUGCUUUCGCAUCCGAGAAAAUGAGAGACAUUCAGUCGGAAUACUGUGCGGCCAUUGAAGCUCUAAAAACGAAAAACGAAGAAAUGGAAGCCGAUCACGUUGCCCAAUUUAAUGUCAUCUCCGAGAAUAUUAGCCAAAUGAAAGAUGAGCACGCUGCUAAGUUGAUGGAAAUCGAAGCCGAAUUCAACGGAAAGAUAUUGAAUGAGUAUGACAAGACCAACACCUUAAAGCUAAGAAUGGAGCAUAUGCGUGACGAAUAUGAAAUGAAGUUGAGAAAGUCAGCUGGCUGUCUGCAAGACACCAUCGAGGCACUCGAAACAGAUUUUAAGAAACAACUACAUGAGCGACAAGAUCUGAUUGGUGAGUUAAUGAAACAGUUGGAGUUUCAGAAGAAAGAAUUUUCGGAAACUAAACGACAAAUUGAGCUGGACAAUGACCGAAAAAUUGUGGAACUAAAGGUGAACUACGAAAAGAAGCUUAAAUCAGAGAACGAUAUGCUGUUGAAGUGUCGUGCUGAAGCUGGUGUGACCCAUAAGAAAUUCCUGAAUGUGACCAACAAUUGCGAUGAGUUGUCGAAGGAAAAGGAUUUGCUGGUAGCCGAGCACCGUAAAACACGCUUAACCAUCAGAAACUUGCAAAAAGAUGUUGAAGAAUUGAAGUACGAAAUUGAGAGUCGCGAUCAAACCAUUCGCCAAAAGGAGAUUCGGGUCAAUGAACUGCUGAGGAAGAACGAAGAAUUGGAGAAGAACAAGCAAGUGUUGAACUACAAAAUUAUCGAACAAAAAUCGCAAUUGGAGCCGCGGGAGCGUGAAAUUCAAGAGAAGAAAGACGAAAUCACAAAUAUGGAAAAGAUGCUGGAGAAAUUGGAACACACCAAAAGUAAAUUGGAGCUUCAGAUGUCCGAACUGAAGGACAAACUUCGUUCAACGAAAAAAGAAUCCGAGUCCGAACGUGGACAAAAUAUCAAUUUCCGGUCACUGAUUCAACGUAUGUCAUCCGAUAUUUACCAUCUGUCGGGAUAUGUUCAGCAGCCCGUGCAAUUGAAAGCGGAGGUGAUGAAAUUGUUUCAAAGAUAUUCUGACGAUAAAUCACUCAACAAAUCCAUCGAAUCGGACAUUGAGGUGGAAAAUGCUUUUUUGAGACAACGCCAUUAUUUGGAGAAGCAACUCGAACGGGCGUUACAGAAAGUGAAGUGGGCUGAGGCCAAUAAUAAUACGGGGAAACUGUUGAAGGACAACAUAAAACUGGUGACCGAACUUAACUUUAUGCGAAAGGAAAUGAACGAACUUCAAAAGACCAACCUUAACAUGGAAUCAAUACUUGGUAUAUCCGGCAAAUACUUACCUACAGCAAUUGCUAGGGAAAAAUUGGCGAAGGCUUGUGCGGACUUCGAGGAAAUCGAGCUGAAUCACGCACAAGUGGUUGAAAAGCUGCAAAAACAAAUCCAGGCGUUGUCGCAGGAAAAUCACGACAUCCGGUCAGAGCUGAUCGAAAAGAGUUCCACCAAAAUCUGAAUACAUUCGAAUGUCAAUUGAAAGUAUAAACUGCGUGUGUGUAAAAAUGAGAAAGAUUGUUCUUUAUUCGGUG